CCUCGACUGAACCCUCCACGAGGGUGCCGACUGGUAAUGACACCGCAGAGGUUCUAGUUUAGAGCCGGUGUCAGCUAAGAUGGAGUUCUCUGGCAUGCAGUAAAGCGCCUUUACAGUUUUAAUGCGUAUCAGAGGGCUCUAGUCAUGGUUUGAGGUAAAGGGCUGGGCUAAGGUGUUAUGCGACCCGUGCCGAAAGUCAGCCUGGCUGGGGGCCCUUUUAAAUAACUAGCCCAGUCUCGAACGGAGCGUCCGGAUACCUGGCGCCCUCCGGUCUGUUUUAGCCUUACCUGCAUAUAGCGGAUCUCUGUGCAGGCGGACCUACAAUUCUCCGCGACUCGUGGGACGAAAAUGACACAAAAUCUUACAAUUAAAAAUGAAAACGAAAAGAUUUCCGAAAUAUUUAUGGAAAUUCUGAAUCCCACUCACUCAACAAAACCAGUCUUGUCAAUGCACACCGCAGUUGGGCAUCGGGGUCGAUAGGGCUACCCAAACGCCUCCUCUCAUUUGGGAAAACCGACAGAGCAAUACAUGUACUGCUGUGCCACCGUAUGAUACUGGGGCGCUAAGGAACGAGACUGCGGCAAAGAUAUGUACAUAUUGGGAGAAAAAGAGCGCAGAGCAUAUCCUUCUUUGGCAGAACGCGUGCAGAACGGCCAAUCAAUCAGCAGACUGGCUGAAAAAAAUUAAAUGGGCCCGGAGUGUGCACCAAAGCUUCAGCGAAAAACCAUCAAGCACGCAGAGGCAAUUAAAGAGGAAGCGUUCCAGUGAAACUUACGGGCGCUACGGAAAAAGAUCGCGCGUUAAACCAGAAAUCGCACAGAUUGCCACGGAGAUGAUCCUAAUCGGAGUUCUAGACUACGGCAAUCGGGAACAAAGAGUGCCCAGGCAUCAAUGGAAGUGGGUGGAAGCGGCAUUGGCCAUACGCUGUAUUGAGCUACUGGAGACGGACCCGGGUCCACCUCCUGUCUGCAAUGCCGUCGGCUGGUAUUGGGGGUCCGUUAAGGUUAUCGCCUGCGAAGAUAGGAGAUCAGCCGAGCUAUAUAAAACAGCGAUCGAAAAUAUCGGAGAGAUCUACCCUGGCGCCAAUUUGGUUGCGGUAGAUUGGAUCAAGGUUCCAGUCAAACCCUGCCCCCGGUUGUGGUCACCUUCGUCCAUAAUAGAGCCAGAGCACAUAAUGACAAUGCGACGCAACCCAAUUCUACAUACCAAAGACUGGAAAGUUCUGAAUGUAGAAGAGGUGCACGGUGCCACCAAUCAGGUGAUCAUUCUAAAUAAGGAAUCACUCGCACCGAUCGUUGCCGCUUGUAGUGCGCUUAAUUUAGGAGUUAGUUCGGUUACCAUCAAAGUUUAUAAGGCUGAUGCAACGGCCGAUGUAGAAGCAGAUAGUAAGCUGCUUGCUCUGGAUCUCACCUCGAAGCGAGUGGCCGCCGACAGAUCAGAGCUGGAUAACUAUAUGUUUGGCAACAUUGCGCAGGACAUAAAGCCGCUUUGUCGCUUGGUGGGCACAGACUACAUAUUGGAGGAUGUAUCUGACGACGAAGUAACGGAUAGGACAGCGAUGGAGGGAGAUGUUUGCACGCCCAGUGCAGAUAUGCCUUCACACCUAUAAAGAAUAUUUCGCUCCCCUUCUGCAUCCCCUGGCCGAAGGCGGAGUUGACGUUAUCUUAAGGGAAGAAUAUCACAAGCUCUUGUUGUUCAGGAAAUCACAAGGUAACAUUCGAAUAUGCAUUUUUGCAACAACAACUCAUAGUAUUUGUUUUUGUUCCGAAACAACAGCGCAGCCUGGAGCUCUGAUUAGGCAAUUGCCAUCUUGCAUGAUCCACGACACCAGGAAACUUUCAUCUGAGGAGAACUAGAAGACGGAGCACCAUACUAAUGUACAAGAUUUUCGCUACCUUGACUGUGCCAAUUAUGCCCGAUACAUCCUGCACGGUGCCUCCAAUUGCCCAUUUGCUUAGCGUUUAUGGCUAAUUGUUUUGAAAGCAUGCCGAGCCCAGUAUGUAAACAAUUGUUGGCGAUUUAAAGCACGCUCAAUGACAAUUUUUGCGACACUUGAAAGUCGGGCCAACAACAAGUCAAGUCCGUUGCCUGUCUUUGUUUAUUUCAAUGCUCAAAGAGUCGCAUUUUUGGAUGUUUGUAUGCACAAUAAAUUACACAAUUUUCAGAC